AUGCAGUCUGCGGCCAUUCCCACGCUGCUACUCUUUCCUCUCUCCACCAUGCUAGGCUUCAAACUCUCGCAAGGUGUCCAAGACACCAUAACACCUCCGUUCGGCCACUCUUCCCUAUCCCCUGACACGCAGUUCUUAUCCUUUUGCAGGAUUCCGUCGGCCUACACGUGGGCAGCGGCUUACCCCACCUCGCAGCCCCAUGGGCCGCUGCUGGACAUGUCCCAAGGCGUCCCAGGCGACCCGCCUGACGCAGCACUCGUCUCCGCGCUGGGCAUAGCGUCGACUUCGUUGCAGAACUUUGGGUACUGUCCGUCCGAAGGGGAGCUGUCGCUGCGCCAGGCGAUAGCGAAAGAGAUGAAGGCUGUCUAUGGAAACGAGACGGGUGUGGUGGCCGAGGAUAUGAGCUUGACGGCGGGCUGCAACAUGGCAUUUGUCGCGGCAAUUGUGACCCUGGCGGACGCGGGUGACGAGGUUAUCCUGCCCGUGCCUUGGUAUUUCAAUCACCAAAUGACGCUCAGCAUGCUGGGGAUAACCACCGUUCCUCUGGAGACGCGUGCCCAAGACGGGUUCAUGCCUUCGGUCGAGCGCUGCAAGCUGCUCAUAUCUUCCAAGACCCGUGCCAUUGCACUAGUUACACCAAACAACCCAACUGGCGCGACAUAUCCGCCCUCCUUGCUGACCUCUUUUUCGGAACUGGCGCGGGAAAGCGGGGUCGCACUCAUCAUUGACGAGACGUAUCGGGACUUUAUUACCCCCGCAAGCCCUCCCCAUUCACUUUUCUCGUCGACCGCGUGGCGUAGCCAUCUCAUCCACCUCUUCUCCUUCUCCAAAUCGUACGCAGUGCCUGGCCACCGCCUGGGCCUCGUUGUGGCUUCCCCUGCAUUUCAGAAGCCGCUGGGAAAAGUGCUCGACACCCUCCAAAUUUGCGCGCCACGGCCGAUCCAGCUGGCGCUGGCCCCGCUGCUCGAUGCGGGGGGAUUGCGGGCCUCGAUAACGGAGACUGCGGCGCGAAUUCACGCCCGACACCAGCUCUUCCGUGCCUCUGUUCCGUCCAUCUGGAAAGUCGCGACCAGUGGGGGGUACUUUGCUUUCGUGCGCCAUCCGUUCGUGGGGCGGGGGAGCAAGGCGGUUGCGCAGCGGCUGGCAGAGGAGAUAGGCGUUGUUGUGCUGCCGGGCGCUUUUUUCCGUGACGAGAAGAAGGUGGAGCAGGAGGAUGACCGUUGGGUCCGGUUUUCGGUGGCGAACUGCGACGAAGAGCGUAUUAUCGGCGUCUGUCGCCGCCUGGAGGCAUGCGUCGCUGUCUUUGGGUGGGCAGUCGAUGCAUAA